UUUCUUGUGUUAAAUAAUCUUGAUCAAGCAUAACAAAUAACUCAGUGCGUCGUUCGUGAGAUUUGAUGGUGUUCUUGACCGUAAUUGCUGAUGACCUAGUUUCUUAAGUUCUUCCGUGUGAUAUCGAAAAUUUGGUUGACAAGACGUUUGGAAUUUCUUAUUUACAAAACCAAAAAAAGGGUUAUGCAAAUUUACGAGUAUGGCAUGAGAACGAAACGUUUAGCAAUGAGUCGCAACGGCAAUUGGUCAAGUGGAAGUGGAAGUUCGUCAUCAACUACACCUGGAACAAGUACAAUGCAAAGUGAAGAACGUCUUGUGGUAGCAGUACGUGUACGGCCAAGUCUUGAAACAACUGAUAGAUGUAUAGAGGUUAUAUCGGGAAAAGCUUUGUUGUUUGAUGAUGGAAGUAAAAAUCGUCCAAGAAAAUAUGCUUAUGAUCAUGUUUUUCGAGAAGAAGAUUCACAGGAAGCUGUUUACAAAACAACAACAGCACCACUUGUUAAAGAUGUACUCAAUGGAUUAAAUGCUGCAGUAUUUGCGUAUGGAGCAACUGGUUCUGGUAAAACUCAUACAAUGUUGGGUCCGAAUAAACGAAGAACAGGAAUUAAUACAUCCGGAUCGGGAGCACCAUCACAUCCUCCAGAUCAUCCACCCCGAACAGCUAGUAAUUCGUAUACAGAUGGAGACACAAGUAGUGCAGAUAAUGGUCUGAUGGUUCGAGCAAUUGAUGAAAUUUUUGAACAUUUUGAAAUGGCUGAAGAGGAAGGUGCUUUUAAGGUUUGUAUUUCCUAUUUGGAAAUAUACAAUGAGCUUAUACGUGAUCUUUUGAAUCCUGGAGGCCCGUUGGAACUACGGGAAGAUAACCGUGGACAACGAAUAACUGUGGCCGGAUUGUCAGAGAUAACAGCUUCGAGUAGACAGGAGGUAAUUUCACUUUUGCUUAAGGGCAACAAGGCACGCACAAUGGAGCCCACGGCUGCAAAUCAGACUUCAUCUCGAAGUCAUGCUCUUUUGAGUAUAACUGUUCAAAUGCGAACGAGUUUGGGAACCAAGCAGGGACGGCUCUUUCUAACUGAUUUGGCUGGAUCUGAGAGAGCUAAGAAAACCAAAAACAGAGGCAAAAGAUUGCAAGAAGGGGCACACAUAAAUCGAAGCUUGUUGGCCUUGGGGAAUUGCAUCAAUGCUCUGUCCGGAGGGGCCCGAUAUGUAAACUAUCGAGACUCAAAGCUAACUCGGUUGUUGAAAGAAGCCUUGAGUGGCAAAUGUAAGACGGUUAUGAUUGCUCAUGUUGCACCGGAGGGAAAACAUCGCGAUGAAACUAAGAACACGUUAGUGUAUGCUGACCGAGCAAAUAAUAUAACGACUCGUCUUCAAAACACCGGCUACAUAGACGAAGUUAAAGAUUUCCCUAUGAAGCACUAUCAGAGUCUGGUCACUGAUCUGCGUGAGGAGGUGACCCGUUUAAGGUCCAAGAUGCUGACUGAACGACCUCGCAGUGGAGCCGCACUAGCUCGAACAACGGCCGUGGAUGAUGAAAAACGCAAGUCCGAACUGAGAUAUUUGAGAGAACAAAUUGUCCUUACGUUCAAGCAACAGAUGAAGUUGAGACGAAAGCUCUUGGAAGCAGAAAGUCAUUUGCUGGGCCUCGAACUCGAUGCUGAAAGACAACAUAUGAUCAUAUCACAUUGGCAAGGACGAAUGGGAAAACUAUAUGAUACUCUUGUUGAAGAUGAUGGUGAAUCAGAAGGUUCUAUUGCUUUGAAGAACGCUUGGGGUGAGCUGGCUGCAAUCGAGAAAGAAUCCAGAAGAUAUAAGGAAAUUCGGGAAAGAACCGAACAGGAGUUGGAAAUGUGCCGACAAAAAGGCGUACAGUUGGAAGAUGAACUACCAGAACGUAUCAGCAGCGAUGAAGAACGAGAACUUUUGGCUCUUCUUUGUCGAGUCCACGAAUUAGAAGCCGACAAAGUUUCCUUGCAAGCAGAGAGGUUAGCCCGUCAAGCUGAACUACGUAGAAGAGACUUGCAAUUAUUGCGCGCCGAACGUCAGAGAAGACUUUGCGAAGAUAUCAUAAGCUCUCAAAGACGUUUAAUCGAAGAUGGAAAUGUUGACCUUCCGGAUGAAUUGAGGGAAUUGUAUGCCUUGUAUCAGCAGGAAAUCCAUGCAGGUACUGUUAAUUCAUCGGGAUUAACAUUUUAUGAAAGAAAACUACCUCCCAUAUAUUCAGCAGGUUCAGAAUCACCAGGAAGUUCAAGUUCCGGCUCAGAUUGGUCACCAUCACCUUUGCCACCAAUCGAAUUGGGACAAGAGGUUCCAUUAGCAAUUAGCAUUCAAGAGGACCCUGAUCGUUUGAUGGGUCCAUUGGUAAAUUCUCGGGUUCGAAAAAUGUCAACAUCUAGAAAACGUUCAAAAUCAACCAAUGCCAGAACUUCCGAAUAAUAUUAACUUGAUGAUAGAUUUAUGUAAUUUACGAAAAAGGUUUGGCUCAAUUUUUACACAUUUGUCUGACUGAUAUGUAUUUUUGGUCAGUCCAGGAUGAAGGAUAAAAUAUUGCUCAAUUAUUGUGAACUUGAUAUAGAAAAGCAAUUUAUUCGAUUUUAAGAAAGUAGAAAUAUGUCUGGUGUUUUAUUGUUAUGUUAGUUUGAUAGUUCGUACAAAUUUGUAGCAGAAAUUAUUUGGAUACAAAUCUUUAUUGGAUAAAAACCGAAUUGGAAGUUGACUUUGGAAAUUAUAUUGACAACAAAAAAAAAAUGUAUUCUAAAUUAAUUUUUUUGUAAAAUUUUAACAGAAAUAUUAAAGUUGGGAAAAAAUUUAUGUUGAGUGUGACACAAAAUCGUAGUAAUGUCUAUCUUUUAUAGAUAAAGGAUAUUCAUGUAUACCUUUUUAAAAAAAAUAUUUGAAAAUAAAAUGCAAGAGGCUACGAAGCUUGAAA